GAAAAUGGCGGAUAAAGCUUUGAUGAAGCAAAUAGCCGAACAGAAGCUAAAGGCAUUCUCCAUCGGCACGAUGGGGAAGCGGCAGAUGUCUAAAAAAGAAAUGGAAGAGCAACGUAAGAAGGAGCAAGAGGAAGCAGCUGCCCAGGCUUUUGAAGAAUUUGUGGCAACAUUCCAAGAAACACCCAGUAAGGCUGGAAAGGUGUGGGUUAAGGCUGGCACGUAUGAUGCUGGACGUCGACAGGAGGACACAAGGGAAAAGGGAAAACUCUACAAGCCACAGUCUCGGCUCUCAGAACUGGCAGACAAACUCACAACUGCAGAGCGAGCACAGGAAUAUGCGCGGCUGCUUGGUGACAGGAAACCAGAUCGUCCUGGAAAGAAACGAGACAGAGAGAAAAAGAAGAGCAAUUUGGAACUGUUCAAGGAAGAGCUAAAACUUAUUCAGGAAGAGAGAGAGGAGAGGCAUAAAUAUAAAGGUGCUGUCAAAUCUACAUUAGAAGAUGGAGUGCCAGCUGUAAAGACAUCAGAAGAGUCCAAAUACGGUUCAUAUGACAAUGGAGAUCCAACAACUACAAAUCUGUACCUGGGGAAUUUAAAUCCAAAGAUCACAGAACAGCAGCUGAUGGAAGUGUUUGGUCGCUACGGACCCCUGGCCAGUAUUAAGAUAAUGUGGCCCAGAUCAGAUGAAGAAAAGGCUCGUGGAAGGAAUUGUGGUUUUGUAGCCUUCAUGAAUAGAAAAGAUGGAGAGAGGGCCCUGAAAUAUCUUAAUGGGAAAGAUGUGAUGGCAUAUGAAAUGAAGUUGGGUUGGGGUAAGGCAGUUCCAAUACCCCCUCACCCAAUCUAUAUUCCGCCUGCAAUGCUUGAACUCACAAUGCCACCACCUCCCUCAGGGCUCCCCUUCAAUGCACAGCCAAACAAGAGGGACAAACAUAAGGUUCAGAACAUGCGACCAAAUGACCCAUACCCAACUGAGAGUAAGGAAAAGGAUGAGCUAGACAAGAUUUUAUCCCAGGCUGUUGUCAAAGUGGUAAUCCCGACUGAAAGGAACCUUCUCAUGCUGAUACAUCGGAUGAUUGAGUUUGUGAUUCGAGAAGGUCCGAUGUUUGAGGCAAUGAUCAUGAAUAGGGAGAUGAACAAUCCUAUGUUCCGAUUUCUGUUUGAAAACCAAAGUCCUGCACAUGUUUACUACAGGUGGAAACUGUUUUCACUGUUGCAAGGCGACCUUCAGUUACGCUGGCACACUCAGGAGUUCCGUAUGUUUAAAGCGGGAUCAAUAUGGAAGCCGCCGCCUAUGAACCCAUAUACACAGGGUAUGCCAGAUGAAUUGGUCGAGGGUGAGGAAAAGGAACCUCGCAAGGGGAGUCUGUCAAACACGCAGAGGGACAGAUUGGAAGACUUGCUCCGAAACAUGACUCCAGAGCGCUUGAAAGUGGCCGAGGCUAUGGUGUUCUGCAUAGAGCACAGCGAAGCUGCUGAUGAGAUUUGUGACUGCAUUGCAGAAUCCUUAUCUAUCCUACAGACACCCAUCCCAAAAAAGAUUGCACGUCUGUACCUCAUUUCUGAUAUCUUACACAACUGUGGGGUGAAGAUAACCAAUGCUUCCUUUUAUAGGAAGGGGUUGGAAUCUCGGUUGCUUCACAUCUUCCAAGAUGUACAUGCUGCCUACAUGAGCCUGGAAAGUCGACUGAAAGCAGAAGGAUUUAAGCUUCGAGUCAUGCAGAUGUUUCGUGCUUGGGAGGAGUGGGCUGUCUAUCCUAAGGACUUCCUCAUUAAAUUGCAAAACACCUUCCUGGGACUAACUAGCAUGUCUGAUGGAAAAAGUCACCAAGAAAGUGAAGGAGAAGAAGAGACUGAGGUACGGGUGGAAUCAGAACUGGACGGCAUGCCCAUGUCGGGUGGCGAGGGUGAAGGAGAGGAUCUGGACGGUGUGCCGUUAGAUGGGGCGGCUCUACUGAAAGGAGCAAUGAAACACAGUAGACCGUUGCCACCUCCAGAUGAUGACCUGGAUGGUGUACCAAUGGAUGAUGAUAUAGAUGGUGAACCAUUACCAGAGGAUGUAGCAGGAGAUAAUGCCAACUCAGGCAGUAAUAAGGGUAAAUCAGGGAGCAUGCCUGCUGGGUUUGUUCCAUCUCGGUGGGAAACUGUGGACCCUGAGCAGGUGGAAGCUCAAGCCAUGACAACCAGUAAGUGGGAUCUCCUGGAGCAUUCAGAACAGCCUGAACAGGCAGACAGAGGGGAGGAUCCUGACAGUGCAGGAGGAGAGGACUCGCAAGAAGGGGACUACCAGAGCUAUGAAGCCAGGGAUUUGAAUGAGGACCGCAGAGCACGACUGCGGGAAAUUGAGCUGAAGGCUGUCCAGUAUCAGGAUGAAUUGGAGUGUGGACAGAGGACACUAAAGAGUGGCUGGAGCAUUCAGCAACAAGUGGAGCACUAUCGACGCAAACUUUUGCGCAAGGCUGAGAAAGGGGAGAGAGAAAAGGAGAAUGAACCAGAACGAGAUAGAGAGAGGCAACAGGGUUCUGGGUCUUCGUUGGAUAGGCGGAGACGUGGAGAUAGAGAGAGCAGCCGCAGUGAACGUAGUAGCAGACGUUCCUCAUCACCUGAUGAUAGUUAUUAUCAUCGUGCAGACAGAGACUCGUCAAGUUCAAGAUCAAAAUCAAAACGAUCACGCAGCUCAUCAGGCAGCCCUGUGGCUUCAAAACGUUCAUAUAGAUCACGUAGCCGCAGUCCAGUUUCAAGUCGCAAGUCCUCACGCCGUUCGCGCUCUCCACACAGUAAGAAAUCUCGAGGUCAGUCACCUUUAUCACCAUCGCGUCUCAAACAUAGGGGACCUUCUCCACCAUCUCCCCCUCGUAUCAAACACAGAGGGUCUUCUCCCUCAUCACCACCAAGAAUGAAACGAAGAGGUGGCUCUCCUCCGACACCACAACGUUUGAAGCGUCGGGGAUCGUCGUCGCCCUCUUCGCCCAGAUCCAAACAUAGGGGCUCUUCCCCUGCAUCGCCUCCACGGAAACAUAAGCACAAGCACAAAUAUUAGUCAGAGGUGGACAGAUAAAUUUGUAAUGUAUUAGUGUGUCUGAAAGUCUCUCAACCCUCUGUUAUCAGUGGUAUUAACCAGUUAUGGUGAACAUAGUCAAUACUGAUAUUUUGUGACUUCAAUACAGUUACUUCAUUUCAGUCACAUUGGUUCUUCACAAUAGUGCGCAGAACAUGCUUACCAAUGCAUUUACUACUUUUUGACUUCUUAACUUUAUUCCAU